AUGAACCUCACAAUUUGGGAUCAUGAGAACCGGGAGCUCAGCCAAAGUUCUGUUACCCUCCGAGUACUCAAUCCAUUUCAAGAACAAGAGCUUUUAGCAAAUCUUUUCGGUGUAUUCUAUGGACACAAAUUUUUGCCGAUGUGUUCAAUGGUCGGAUGUGCUACUAAUGCCACUCAAUGUGUAGGACACGGAGGCAAAGAAAUGUUCAACAAGAUGUCUGUCGGUGACUAUACUCAGGCAUAUUUCAAGAGUUUAUAUACAUUAGACAAUACAUAUCUAUCGAUUAAUUGCAACAAAUUCCUAAUUCCCUGUUGUUUUAUCAAUUCAUUGAAGAGUGAGAAGCCUAAGCCAUCAUCUCAUUGGACGUUAUUUCCACUAAGAAUGCCUUCUCUGCCGAGUCUUCCAAAGCUAUCUCUGGAAAAGUAUUCAAUGAUUAAGAAAUUGAUUUCAUUGAUUCCCGAACUGCCGCCGAUGUCUAUCUAUGUUAUGUCCAAUAUUUGUAAGGGAAUAACCGGUGGAGUAGCUCUUAUGGCUUGCAAUCAAAAUCAACACCAGGAUGAUUGA